AACUGCUACUUUCCACCACCGGUGAUUUAGGCCGGUUGGAGGGCGCCGGAAUGCGCUUAUAUCUACCGACUUUGUUUGUAAGCGUCCACGAUGUCUGGAGUGCUGGCCAGACUGCUGUUUUACCCUACUCUUGGGUACAAUGUCGUUAUGGAGAAAAUUUCAUCGAGAAGGUGGUUUGACCGAGUGGACCAGACUGUCAUUCUCGGAGCUCUCCCCUUUAAGUCUAUGACAGAUGAGUUGGUACACAGAGAAAAUGUCAGAGGGGUUGUCACCAUGAAUGAGGAAUAUGAGACGAAAUACUUCUGUAACUCUGCCGAGGAAUGGAAGGCAGUUGGCGUAGAGCAGCUGCAGCUCAGCACGGUGGACCUAACUGGGGUGCCAAAUCUGGAAGACCUGCACAAAGGUGUAGAGUUUGUUCUGCGACACAAGGAGCAGGGCAGCAGCGUAUACGUGCACUGCAAGGCCGGCCGCUCCCGUAGCGCAACCUUGGUGGCAGCGUAUCUCAUUCAGCUCCAUUGUUGGAGCCCUGAGAAAGCCUGCCAGGCUCUGAAGUCCAUCCGUCCACAUGUUUUGGUCCGAAGUGCCCAGAUGAACAUGCUGCACCAGUAUCAUAAGCAGGUCUGCAGCACCUGAUCAUCCCAGGAGAGGUUCUAAGAAUCAUGUGGCAAGAGCUAAAAGUUUAAACGAACUUGAGUUUGUGAAGUUAUGGGAAUACAUGCAGAUGGCAGCUUGUGCAAUUGUUUUUAUGCCAUAUAGAAGAGAUGGACAAAAUAACAUUUUUAUGAAGAAAAUUCUGGUAUUCAUAUGUCUGAAUGGGCUUUUGUUUUAAAUGUAGUCGUUACAUUACUGUUUGUACAUUUUAAGAGGAAAAGGCAAUGGAGGUCAUUUUCCUUAUUAAUUUUUGUUUUGACUGGAAAUGUCUUUUCCCCUCUCCUUAUGUCAAUUUCUUGCACUAUGUUUAGCCUGCCGUUGAAAAGCCAUUAAGCGCUGGCUUUCUGAAAAAUCCUGAACUACUCAGGAAUUGUGGAUGAUCAAUGGACUUUCUCCAAAUCAGUUCACCUCCCAAUCCUAUCAGUAAAUUAAUCAAAUGACCUUGGGAUUUUGUUGUUUGAGUAAAUCAUUUGAAAGUGUAAUUAUUAGAAGUGCCUUAGCAGGGUUUUUUGCCACGGUAAGCUAAAGAUGCAAGACAGACUUGGAAAAAACAAUGAGGAUGUCAUUUUGAAGUUAUCAGUUCUGUGGUUUCAGUGUGGUAAAAGAUGUGAUUUACGUUAUUUGGUAAUUACUUGGUUGAGGCUUUACCAAUUACCAUCCAGUUUUAUAUUUUUACUCUGUGCACAGAAUGACUGUCUAGGAAUUUUUUUUGUUCCUUUUGGGAACAAAAUUAUUUAAAACAAACUUGAAGAGGCACAAGUAAGAAAGUUAAGUGUGUCAUGGAGACUGCAUGACACCUUAAAAUGAGGUUUUUUUUUUUUUUUAAUAGCUUUUUUGGUAAUCAUGCUAAGACUGUUUCCUAGUGCCUUAUUUAUUUAAUUGUAAAAUAUUCAUAGGUAGACAUUUAACUCCCUUAAAAAUAUUAAGU